CCAUCCCAACUCGGAAGAAGGCAUGAGAUCAGAAACAGAAUAUCUUCUACCGUCCCCGAGUUUCCUGUCUUACCACCUACUCACUAGUCUUUAUCCUACCGCCCAGUAGCUAUGGACAAUAAUCGAGAGGCAGAACAGCUGACCCCGCACCCCCGGCUCGGGUGGAUCGGUCUCGGGUCUAUGGGGAUUGGUAUGGCAAUAAACCUACAGAAGCAUCUUUCUAAACUAGGUGCUCCAAAUCUGCAGUACCACAACAGGACAAUGUCACGCGGCGAUCCCUUGGCAGAGAUCGGAGGGGUAGCACGUCCCGAAGUCGAAGAUCUUGUCAGGAACACAGACAUCAUCUUCGUGUCCCUCAGCGACGAUGCCGCCAUCAAGGCAACCCUGGACGCGAUUCUUGGCGCCACCGCACCUCUCGACCUGACGGACAAGAUCAUUGUGGAUACUUCCACCGUCCACCCACUGACCUCGGCGAAAUCAAGCGAUCGUCUUGCUGAAAGAAACGCAAAGUUUGUCGCUGCUCCCGUCUUUGGCGCUAGUCCUGUGGCUGCCGAAGGAAAGCUGCUAUGGAUCAUUGCCGGACCCCACGACGCCGUCGAGGACAUCAGCCCUUUCGUCGUUGGCGUCAUGGGCAGGGGCAUCAUACGGCUCGGCGAAGACGUGCAGCAGUCCAGCAUGAUGAAAACAGCUGGAAACUUCAUGACCGCCGGGAUGAUGGAGCUUGUCGCCGAAGCUCACGUCUUUGCCGAGAAGACGGGACUCGGCACGGACGCAAUGGAAAGGCUGAUAGAACAGCAGUACGGGCCCUUGGCUCUCUCGAUGUCGAAGCGUAUGACGACAGGGGCUUACAUGCCACCGCGCGGCGCGAGACCUUGGUCGGACUUGACGUUGGCUUUAAAGGACGUCGGCCACGGCAUCGACUGUGCGGAGAAAUCGAAUACCCGAUUGGAAGUUGGCGAAGUCGUAUUGAGACACUUGAGUGAGGCGAAAAGGUUCUCGGACGCGGAAGGUAGGCCACUCGACUCGUCAUCCAUGUACGGAGUCUUAAGACGGGAGGCUGGUUUGCCGUUUGAGACUGAGCUCAUCCUGAAGCGAGACAGCUCUGGGGUCUAAUUACUUCCGCUUGAGAGGACGAGACCUUAAUUUCUGUGUAGCAGUUGUGUUCCGGAUCUUGAUGAUAAAACCAAGUUGUUAGCGCAGUAUCAAUUGAGUUCGGCAAAAUGAAAUUUGACAGUAAGAGGCUGAUCAGGCGAUGUCGACUGUAGCGGUCGUCAUGGCCUUGCAAAAAGCAA